AUGACGUCCCUAACUAACCACACACCAACUGGAUACUACAGCGGACCUCAGCACAACCAACGUUCUCGCGGAAUAAGCGUGCAGUCCGGGGACCGAUCACCACCAGCAUAUGAAUCGGACCGGGGAUUUAGCGAAACGACACCGCUGUUGGGCCCUUGCAGAUCACUGCCUUCGGUUGUGGGAUAUGAUAGUGCUCGAUCAGUGUCUGAUUAUCCUGGACCAUCAACUGCACGAUCACUGCCUUCGGUUGUGGGAUAUGAUAGUGCUCGAUCAGUGUCUGAUUAUCCUGGACCAUCAACUGCACGGUCUGAGGACGGGCGAACUGAAAUGAGACGAAAGAAGAAACGAAUGCGGAAAUACCAUCGAAUCGAAACGCAUAAAAUGAGGUGA